UAGUGAAUGCCGCUUCAAGAUGACGCCACAUCGAAGAUUGUAGAAACAUAUCUAGGAUUCACUAAAAAGAGUAGGUGCUCCUAGGGAGUGAAUAAUUAAUUGUGGCUCGGUCGUCUUAGUGCCCCCUUGCUAAUAUAGUGCUGGACAACUCGAGCUACAAAACCUGAGACCAACCGCACAAUAUUUUCUUUUCAGAUAAGUUCAAAGAAGCAACGGGAAAAUUGGUAGAUAUUUAAAUUAUCCAGUCUUCGACAUGUUAGUUUCUCGGAAAUAUCCCGCGGUAUUCUUAUUACAGCCUGUUGUGUCGCCGUCGGUCCGGUAGCGGCUUUGGCAUGGUCUGCUCAAGUGGCCCAAAACCAGCUUAAAUGCAAGGUUAGGGAAGCAAAGUCCCGGAAGGUUAUCAAAAGUUCCAGUCCCAGGAUGUUCCGCACCUUCAUAUUGUUCAACUCAUUACCCAAAGAGCUGCAAUUAACUAUAUGGAAAUUAGCGCUCCAGGAUGUUGGUCCUCGAACUGUCAAACUCAGGUUGUGUUGGUGGGAAUACAAGGUACCUACGACUGGAUGCCGCGACUAUUUAGGUUCUAUUCUUACAGCACGUCAAAAAUACAAAGCCAAGAUUCCAAGUUUGCUUCAUACCUGUCAAGACUCACGCGAAGUUGCUCUGAAGGUAUACAAGCUCAGCUUCGCAAAGUUAUUGCAAGAUCGUCCGGUAUAUUUUGAUAUUGAAAAGGAUACACUUUGGGUUUCCGGGGGAUGCAGACAAAACUUUCGCUUUCCAGUUCGACUAAUCGGUAUGGAUGGCUUUCGAAACUUGAUCAUCACACCUUCUUCACGCGGAUUCAUCGGUCACAAUUCUGCGAUAACAUCGUUUGAACCACUUUCUACAUGGCUCAAUGAAUUCCUUCUCGGUACGAAAGGCCCAAAGAAACAUGUUCAAAUCGUACAUCAGGAGGAUAGAAUGUUUUCAACCGUGGACGAUACAGAUGCACAACUAUUAUACAAUGGCUUCAUGCGAGUUUUCAACAAGCAGCAAAUUCAUUCGGAAAUUGAUCAUAGAUAUUAUCCAUCUAUAACAGUAGUCAGGAGAGAUAAUUUAGAUUUUGGAGGUGGACAUUGGUAGAUGUUCUGUUCCCUCAAGCCAUUGAUCUAUGCCUAAUUUGCAAUUUUUGUUUAGAGGGUCAAUCUGAUAAAGCAAAGUAACUGUAUAUCAUGCAGAACAAUCGAGAACAUGGACAGGAAUACUUUCUGGGGGUAUCAUGAAAAUAGCAAUUGAUUUCAAUCAAGUAUAUA